AUGACAAACAGAAACAUUCGCCUGGUUGAGCUGGCACUUCAAUUCAACUGGAAAGUACUGCCCGCCUAUGCCAUGACCUGGUCACGGCUUGAUAGCUUUCUACCAAGCGCCCAAUGCUCUUGUCACUUCCACCAGCCGCUGGUAAAGUUGAAGAGACCGACUUUUGGUACAAGCAAUAGGAGAGAAAGGUGUGAAGAAUCCUUAGAGCUUGUAGCAAUCAGGGCCGACAAAAAGUUGCUCUUACCAAAAUUGCUUGAAGCCAAGGGGCUAUAUCAUCUAUCCGCUCGAAAAAUGACGGCUGACCAGCUAUUGAAAAAUGAUCAAUUAUCUGGGAUCAGAAGCUUUGGAGUUACGGAGGAAGGACUGGUAGACCGAGUUCAUCCUGGCUCCAAGAUGCCAGUGGCAUCUCGCAAUAAGCUUGCAGGAAGAAAUAUUUUGGAUGCAGAUAUAUGUACAAGGUAUUCUCGACCUCACUACCACAUAGCGGGCCAUGUGCACGACCAAUUAUUUGGCAUGCUUCUGAAUCUUUUGAACAAAAUAUAG